AUGUCUAGUCAGCAGUCAGGGUUUACAACUCCUGGUGGUCAUUAUGAUGUUAUUUACCAAGUGUUCUCCUUUGCCAGUAUCAACAUCUGUAUCUACAUCCCUGCCAGUACCAACAUCCCUGCCAGUACCAACAUCCCUGCCAGUACCAACAUCCCUGCCAGUACCAACAUCCCUGCCAGUACCAACAUCCCUGCCAGUACCAACAUGUCUGCCAGUACCAACAUGUCUGCCAGUACCAACAUGUCUGCCAGUACCAACAUGUCUGCCAGUACCAACAUGUCUGCCAGUACCAACAUGUCUGCCAGUACCAACAUGUCUGCCAGUAACAACAUCCCUGCCAGUAUCAACAUCCCUGCCAGUACCAACAUCCCUGCCAAUAUCAACAUCCCUGCCAGUAUCAACAUCCCUGCCAGUACCAACAUGUCUGCCAGUACCAACAUCCCUGCCAAUAUCAACAUCCCUGCCAGUAACAACAUGUCUGCCCGUAUCAACAUCCCUGCCAGUAACAACAUCUGUAUCAACAUCCCUGCCAGUACCAACAUCCCUGCCAGUAUCAACAUCCCUGCCAGUACCAACAUCCCUGCCAAUAUCAACAUCCCUGCCAGUAUCAACAUCCCUGCCAGUACCAACAUGUCUGCCAGUACCAACAUCCCUGCCAAUAUCAACAUCCCUGCCAGUAACAACAUGUCUGCCCGUAUCAACAUCCCUGCCAGUAACAACAUCUGUAUCAACAUCCCUGCCAGUACCAACAUCCCUGCCAGUAUCAACAUCCCUGCCAGUAACAACAUCCCUGCCAAUAUCAACAUCCCUGCCCGUAUCAACAUCCCUGCCAGUAUCAACAUCCCUGCCAGUAUCAACAUCCCUGCCAGUAUCAACAUGUCUGCCAGUAUCAACAUCCCUGCCAGUACCAACAUCCCUGCCAGUACAAACAUCCCUGCCAGUAUCAACAUCCCUGCCAGUAUCAACAUCCUUGCCAGUACCAACAUCCCUGCCAGUACAAACAUCCCUGCCAGUAUCAACAUCCCUGCCAGUACAAACAUCCCUGCCAGUAUCAACAUCCCUGCCAGUAUCAACAUCCUUGCCAGUACCAACAUCCCUGCCAGUACAAACAUCCCUGCCAGUAUCAACAUCCCUGCCAGUACCAACAUGUCUGCCAGUAUCAACAUCCCUGCCAGUACCAACAUCCCUGCCAGUACAAACAUCCCUGCCAGUAUCAACAUCCCUGCCAGUACCAACAUGUCUGCCAGUAUCAACAUCCCUGCCAGUACCAACAUCCCUGCCAGUACAAACAUCCCUGCCAGUAUCAACAUCCCUGCCAGUAUCAACAUCCUUGCCAGUACCAACAUCCCUGCCAGUAUCAACAUCCCUGCCAGUACCAACAUGUCUGCCAGUAACAACAUCCCUGCCAGUACCAACAUCCCUGCCAGUACCAACAUCCCUGCCAGUAACAACAUCCCUGCCAGUAACAACAUGUCUGCCAGUAUCAACACCGUCCAAAGAUGUCCAGACGGCGUCUCUAUAUGCGUGCUGCUUCACCACUUAGAAAGAAAUAAAAAUGUCUAA